AUGCGUUGCAGUAACAGCCUCGUAGGAAUCCUAAACGUCUUCGUCUUCCUCUUCUCGAUUCCCAUUCUCGCCGGUGGAAUCUGGCUCCGACUUCAUGGCUCGACGCAGUGCGAGAGUUUCUUCGACAAACCUAUAAUCGCUCUCGGCGUGUUCCUGAUGAUAGUCGCAAUCGCAGGAGUCGUCGGAUCUUGCUGCAGAGUGAAGUGGCUCCUCUGGUUCUACCUAUUCGUCAUGUUCUUCUUGAUCGUCAUCGUCCUCUGCUUCACCAUCUUCGCAUUCGUCGUCAGCAGUAAAGGCUCCGGCGGCGAAACUAUCCCUGGAAAGGCUUAUAAGGAGUAUAGGCUCGAGGCUUACUCCAACUGGAUGCAGAGACGUGUGAGCAACGCAAAGAAUUGGAACAGCAUUAGAAGCUGUCUUUACGAGGAGAAAUCCUGUACUCGCUUAGAGGCUUUCUUUAGUAAUGAGACUGUUUCUGCUUUCUACCAACACCAUCUCUCUCCUAUUGAGUCUGGUUGCUGCAAGCCCUCUAAUGACUGCAACUUCAUCUACGUAAGCCCAACGACAUGGAACAAGACAACAGAAACACAGAAAAACCCUGAUUGCAAACUUUGGGACAGCGAUAACCAGAAGCUCUGCUACGAUUGCCAAGCAUGCAAGGCCGGUUUGCUCAACAACCUCGUAAGCUCAGGGAAAAUAGUUGCUAUUCUCAACAUCAUCUUCCUUGUAAUCCUCAUUAUCGUCUACACUAUGGGAGUUUGCGCCUUCAGAAACAACAAAAGAGAAGAGAGUUAUGAGCGUUCUAAUGGAUUCUAA